UCUUCUUUGAAUGAUAUAUUGGAAGAGAUAAAAAAAGAGAAGAAUCUGCUGUGUCAUCUCACGUACAACUGUUGGAUUACUUUCGUCAUUUGUGCUAAAGUAAAUCAGCGACCGGAAACAGAACAGUUGGGCGGAUGUCGUGUGAUUUGUUGGAAGAUUUAUUCGUGUCAAGAUAAGAGUCCGAUUUUUACCGGUUUUGCGAACGCAACAAGUAGUCACAACCCUCCCCGGAUCAAUCGUAAUGACACAGUCCCGGUUUUGGGAAUUUCCCUGCCGAUAUCGGACUUGGAAAUGCACCAGCGGUUUUAUCUAGUCAUCCCUUGCCGCGUCGGAUUAGAAUGACCGAUCCGCCGUUGACGUCCUGCAAAUUAGACGAGCAGGCCACUGACGUCAAACCGAAGACAAGUGCCUGCCGUGGUUGCUCUGAUAAGAAACGUCGCGGGCUAGACAACGACAACGGCAAGAUGACCGGGGUGACAACGGCUACUGCGAUGAAGGGUAGUAGGCUACGGCAGCGAAAGACCGCUGUUUACAAGCGAUUCUGGGCCGAGGACACCGCGGAUGAUGAUGAUGGUGGUGGCGGGGAUGGAGAUGACGGGACGGCGGGUCAACGCAUCUCCGGAAGGUCGGGCUCGGGGUCCUUUUCUUCCGGGGUGGAAAGUGACGAAGAGAUGAUCCGGUUUCCGUGCGUUGAACGGCUAAUUGAGCUGUACGCAAACAUUAUCAAGCAGAAGGAAGCCGAGACGGCGCGGUUCGCGAGCCGGGUGGUGGCGGGACGAACGGCUGGCGAUGGUGAUAAAAGACGAUUAGAUAAGACGGCUGGGACGUUGCCGGGCGAUAAGACGACCGCGAACGUUCCAACCGAGCUGCAGUCCAGCACGGUAAGCAGUACCAGCGUGGACGCGUCCAGUAGCGGCAGACUACGGGCACAGAACAAGAGUUCCGCUCCGGAAGAAGACGGUUGGAGCGCUACCAGACAGAGUCCGUACUGUUCCAGCGACGAGGAAGACGAAACCGUGCUUGCCAAGAUGAAACCCCGCGAUAAAGUGACCCGAUCGUCCAGCUCGGACUCGGCACUCGGCUUGGACGAAGAUCUGACCCAACAGGAGCAGCAGCAGAUCAUCAGCAGUGUCGGGAAGGCUCGCCGUAUGACACUCGGAGUCUCGGACAUCCCACUCCGUUCAGCUCUGCUACCCGUCCCGGAACCUGCUCUUCUCCCAACCUCCGACUGUCCCAUCCUCACCAGCGACCACAACCAAUGUCCGGCCGUCGUCCGCAGUAAGAUGAUCCUGGAGGCUCAGCUCAUCGAGCUGCCUCAAACACAACCCACAGACGGCUCCACGGAGGCGCUCGGCUGUCUCAGCAAUUCGAUCUCGCGGCGAGAGUCCGCCCAAAGUUACGUAAGCGAUUCCGGCAUGGACGGCGUCCGGUACGUCCGCACACCGUCCGUCGUAGUGUCGGACUAUUCGGACGACACCAUGUGCGGUAUCACGCUGGAGGAGAUCGAGUACCUGCGCCGGCAUCGGCUCCGUCGGGCCUCCACCGACUGCGAGUCGGACGUCAGUGCGGCUUCCUCCUGUAGCAACCUCAACUACUGCGGAUCGUCGAUCAGCGCGCUGGAGGGUUGUGACUACCAGUGCGGGCUGCGGACACCUGAGCGGAAGGUUUCCGACUGUUCGACCUGCUCGACGCUUAGCUGCGAAGACGCAGACGAUGCCGCCCUGCGGAACCAGCUGCAGGAUCUGGGGCUGCGGUCGGGCCAGACGGUCGACUCAGCGGACCCGGAGGGGCGGAGACGCACCAAAAAGAAGAAUAACCAGAUUUGAUGGCACACGUCCGAUUGACGUCAAGUGAAAAAAGAAGGAGGAAUCCAGUUUCGUCGGUGGUCCGAAUCGCGGCAGGGACACAUCUUGAACUCUGAAGACGUCAAUCGGGAGGAUGAUAAAAAUCGUGGCCACAACAACGACGACGACGACGUCCGUGGGAUUCCACGGCAACAACACACUACCUAUUUGAUCACGAGAAAGCUCUUGAGGCAGAAGAGGGUAUACGAUGUCGAUAUUUUAAUGCAAAUAUUUGUCACUUUAGCGUAAAGGGUAGUUUUCCGCGGGAUGUUAUCUAAGUUGAAAACAAUAAAUGUUGUUCAGGGAGAUCUUCUUAAAUGUACAGUCCAGACUUAAUUAU